GAGUCGUUUAAAUUUUACGCGGUCAUCGAAGGACCGUAAGGCGAAUUUUGUCUAAACAAGUCAAAGCCGUUUCGUUGACCGGUUUGAACCGGACUGCUCCUACAAGCGUCGACAACAUUUCGGUUCAUGGAGUUUUGAGGGAAAUGGCUGCUCCCGGCAAGUGCUUGCUUCUGGUCACUGGCUCUCCUGGUGUGGGUAAAACCACUUUGAUAGUGAGAGUUUUUGAGAGCCUCAAAGUCUUAAACCCUAACUUGAAGAUUCAGGGUUUCUACACUCGUGAGAUUAGGGAAGGAAGUCAAAGGGUAGGCUUUGAAGUUGUCACUUUGGAUGGUCGAAAAGCUCCACUGGCCUCAACCACUAUAUCUACCCCAGAGUCUUUCAGAUGGCCUACUGUUGGGAAAUAUAAAGUAGACAUAGCAUCAUUUGAGUCACUGGCAUUACCUGAGUUGCAGGUCAAAGAACAUACUGAUCUAUUCAUCAUUGAUGAAGUUGGGAAAAUGGAGUUAUGUAGUUCAUCAUUUUUCCCUGCUGUUCUAAAAGUUCUGGAAUCAAAUAUCCCAGUUUUGGCUUCUAUUCCAAUUCCAAAGUCUGGCCGUGAUAUACCUGGAGUUGCAAGGUUGAGGAACCAUCCAGGAGCAACAGUUUUCACCUUAAGCCCCAGUAACAGGGAUGCAGUUAAAGAACAGAUCUAUACCCAGUUGGUAGAUAAACUACACAAGAAUUAGAUGCUGCACUAUUAUGAGGGAACUUAAACAAUUACAGUGAACCCCGGAGGGGAUAUCCAAGAAGUUCAAACUGGUGGUGAUCAAGUAAGCUAAGUGCAACGUGCAUCUGAGAGCAGAGGGCAAGGACUUGACCGUUGAAACCAUAACAAGUGAUGGACAGUUAAGACCGUGCCACUAGGGCGUCUCUUGUGGGCCCUAAUGUCUGUAUAACAUGGAUCGAAUCUAUUGACUUACAUGGGCCCAUACAAUCCCGUCCCAAUAAAAUAGCCCACCGCCCAUCACAUGGAUCCGUUGAUUGUUUCGUUUAUUUAAUUUUUUUUUUAGCUUUGUCAAAUGUCA